CUGUCCACCUGCACUUCGUUAGAGAGCAGAGUGUUCACAUGCCACACCACAAGAACCUACAGUGACAUAACUCCAUCCAGAGAAUGGCGUGACUGGGCUGGUCCCCCACCCCCACCCCUCUUAAGCUCUUGUAUCACUGAGAGUCUGGCAGCCAGUUCCACCCUGACAGAGUUCACAGCAUAUAUUAGUGGAUCCUUGUUCUCAGUGCGUCUGUUUAAGGAAUUAACGGAAGCAGUGUCAAGAGCAAGAAUUCAAAGCACUUCCUGAAAAUGAAUCUGUGUGCAUUUGCUCUCGUCCUGGCAUUAGUCAGUGGUGUCAGUGGCCAAUACUAUGAUUACGAUGCCCCUCUCUUCAUGUAUGGGCAACUAUCACCCAACUGUGCACCAGAAUGUAACUGUCCCCAGAGUUACCCAAGUGCCAUGUACUGUGAAAAUCUGAAGCUGAAAAGUGUCCCCAUGGUGCCAUCUGGCAUCAAGUACCUUUACCUGGGUAAUAACCAGAUCGACCAUAUUGAUGAAAAGGCGUUUGAGAAUGUCACUGACCUGCAGUGGCUCAUUCUGGACCACAACCUCCUAGAAAAUUCCAAGAUAAAAGGGAAAGUGUUCUCUAGGCUGAAACAAUUGAAGAAGCUGCACAUAAACCACAACAACCUGACAGAGUCAGUGGGUCCACUUCCUAAGUCCCUGCAAGACCUGCAGCUCACUAACAAUAAAAUCAGCAAGCUCGGGUCCUUCGAAGGGCUGGCAAACCUGACCUCCAUUCACCUUCAGUACAACCAGCUCAAAGAGGAUGCUGUGUCAGCCUCUCUGAAAGGCCUGAAAUCACUACUGUACCUCGACUUGAGCUUCAAUCAGAUUGCCAAGAUUCCUAGUGGCCUCCCAGCAUCCCUUCAAACUCUCUACCUAGACAAUAAUAAGAUCAGCGGCAUCCCCGAAGAGUAUUUCAAGCGCUUUACGGGGUUACAGUACCUGCGUUUAUCCCAUAACCAACUGACGGAUAGUGGAGUACCUGGAAACUCAUUUAACAUAUCAUCCCUUCUCGAGCUAGAUCUCUCUUAUAAUAAGCUUAAAAGCAUCCCAAAUGUUAAUGAAAACCUUGAGAACUAUUACCUGGAGGUCAAUGAACUUGAAAAGUUUGAUGUCAAGAGUUUCUGCAAGAUACUGGGACCACUAUCAUACUCCAAGAUCAAGCAUUUGCGCUUGGAUGGCAAUCCCCUCACCCAAAGCAGUCUGCCCCCUGACAUGUAUGAGUGUCUACGUGCAGCAAAUGAAAUCAACAUAAAUUAACAUCUUCUCAUGACAGUUCAUGGAAGUAUGUUCUGGAGCAAAACUUCAUGUUUAGGUAUUUCGGGGAUGUCUGUAAAGUUUUCACUAUAUUCUUUUGUUGUUGCUAUUACAUUGUGGAUUUUAAUUAAUGAAGGAAAUGUUUUGUGAACAUUUACCACUGUUUAAUAAAAGAUGAAAAGCAGGCCUAUUUCAUCGUGAGAACAGACACACAAAAAAUUAAACUUAAUUCUUUAUUUGUAAAUUUCAUGUUUUCUAAAGCUCUAUGUUCAAAUGAUAUGAAGCCUUUUUACUGAUUGCAUAAAAAAAUCAGCCGAGAAUGACUGAUAUUUAUGGUCCUUACAUUUUAAUUUAAUGACCUCAAAAACAGAAAAGAAAUAUGUAUGGAUGUUUGUUAUCCUAAUCCAAAUUAUCUUGAUAUGUUCAAAUUUGUUUUGCUGAAAUAUAGAUUCUGUAGUUUGAGACCUGUAAUUUUGAAUUAUAACAAAGAAAAUAUGAAACCACAUCCACCUAAAGAAUUGUGUUUAGUACUGAACAUUUGUAUAGUCACUUAAAGAGACUUUCCUUGAAUUAUUUUUCUCUGUCAUAUUUAUGUUUCUUUUUGAUUAUUUGCAUGUUAUGAUUAACAAGCUAAUAGCAAAAUAAAACAUUGCAAAUGGCAUCAUGGUACUAAUUCUUGUGAAAAAUUAUGUCCUUUAUGAAACACAUAAAGGAAUCCAGUCAGAGUCUAAGACAGUCCUAGUUUGUAAUAUUUUACUUGUGAAAUCGUAGGAUUUUCCACACUUUGACUAGUUCUAACAUCCAGAUACAAUGGAUUACUAAAACACUUUCAUAAAAUGCAGUUAUAUCUCACACGUUCUUGGAUAUUGCUGAUAUUUUCAUUCUUGUUUUUCUCAAGUAUGUACAUUGUUGACUCCAUUGAAGGAAGUAUGCAACAUCUUAGCAGUCACUAUUAAAUUCUUAAAUGGGAAUGAUGAGACACAAAGGACCAAUAAAUGUAAAAUAUUCUGAAAAGUAUACUUUAAAAUAGAAGUUAUUAUUUUCUUAGCUCAUUGUGCUUGGAAUAUAGGCAUUGGUUUCAUACAUCAGUAAUAACAGAUUUCAGUGGUCAAUAUUACGUGGUUCCAUGGUUGUUCACAAAAGGCAAUAGUAAAAUAUACAUUUAAGGAAAAUAACCUUUUCUGCCCAAUAAACAUUAAAGCCUU